GGGGCCUCAAUUGCAGGUGCAAGGUUCUGGCUCUCCACGUCCCCAAGAAAUCUCUGCUGCAGGAGCUUUGGAGGUUUCGUUGAGAAAAGCCUGCUUGGAAGCACAGAGUCUUCAGCCUGCUCUCUGGGAGUCAGGGAAACCCAGCAGCCUCCGUGUGACCAUCCCUUCUUUGGACAGAGACCUAAUGUGGGGAAACAUGUCUGAGGGAGCUAAAUAUUGGACUAUUAGCAUUCGCCAGCUGAAGUUAUCAGCCCUGUGAGAGUCAGGCCCCAUCUGAUGUGCAGAGCAGGCCUCACUUUUAAGGUAGUGGAAGAGCAUCACAGCCAGGUUCCAGGAAGUCUUCUCUUCGGAAACAUUUAAGAUGCAGCCCGCUCAGUGUCCGGUUUCCUUCGAGGAGGUGGCCGUGCGUUUCACCAAGGCCGAGUGGGCACUGCUGAAUCCUGACCAGAGAGCUUUGUACAGAGAAGUCAUGGUGGAAAAUUAUGGGAAUGUGGCCUCACUGGCGAUUCCCAAGCCGGGCCUCAUCUCCUGGCUUCAGGAAAGCGAAGCGCCAUUUCCCCCAAAUCCCGAAGAAGAGGAGAGGUUGGCAGGUAACAGGCAGGAUGGUGAGAAUUACAGCGAGCGAUGUGCGAUCUCUUUCAAAACGACUAGCCAUGAAGUGGAGGAAAAAUCUGCCAGGAAUCCAGAACAGCCAAAGAAGCAGGAAGAAAGCAAAGUAGAGAAGUCAGAGAAUCCGUCUGUAUUUUUCCAGGCUGGCACCCUCUUUGAAAAUCCAUCUCAAGAAGAAUAUGGCAAAGGAAAGAGGAGGAACAGACAUUCUGAAAGCAGAGAAGUCUUGAGUGAUGAAUCCAGCUUUUCUUCCCAUCAGAGAAUCCAUGCAGAGGAUGAAACGUACAAAUGCCCUGAAUGUGGAAAGGGCUUCGGCAGGCUCGCAAGCCUCACUUCUCAUCUGAGAAUCCAUAUGAAGGAGGAGCUCUCUGAGAGUUCAGAGGAGGAAAACAGUUUUGGUCUGAGCGAAGACCUUCCUUCCCAUCCAAGAACUUGCAGAGGGCAAAAACCAUACCAGUGCUUGGAAUGCGGCAAGAUGUUCCAAAGCAAAGCAGGCUUUACUUUGCAUCAGAGAAUCCAUUCAGGGGAGAAACGAUAUAAAUGCUUGGAAUGUGGAAAGAACUUCCGCUGGAGUUCCAACCUCACUGCCCAUCAGAAAAUCCACUCCAAGGAGAAACCAUUUGAGUGCCUGGAGUGCAGGAAGACCUUCAGUUGGAGUGCAUCCCUCACUUUACAUCAGAGAACCCACUCCGGGGAGAAACCCUAUCAGUGCACAGUGUGUGGGAAAUGCUUCAAUCAGAGACCACACCUUACUUCCCACCGAAGAGUCCAUUCUGGAGAGAAGCCCUAUAAAUGCCCGGAUUGUGGAAAAGGCUUCACUCAGAGCUCACACGUGAAGGUGCACCAAACCGUCCACACGGGAGAAAAGCGAUACAAAUGCUUGGAGUGUGGAAAGAGUUUCCGCAUCGCCUCGCACCUUAAAUUGCAUAGAAGAAUCCACACAGGGGAGAAGCCGUAUAAAUGCCAGGAUUGUGGGAAAAGCUUCAACCAGAGCUCCAGCCGUAACGUCCAUCAAAGAACCCAUACCGGGGAGAAACCAUUUAAGUGCCUGCAGUGUGGAAAGAACUUCUGUAGCCGCACACAGCUUAGAGAACAUCACACAAUCCACACCGGAGAGAAAAAAUAUCGAUGUCGGGACUGUGGGAAAAGAUACAGAUGGAGAUGCGAUUUUGCAUACCAUCAACGAACACACCAAGAGGAGAAAUCGUAGAAAUUUAUUGACCAAAGAGCUUUUGAAAUACAACAAGCCUUAUGGAUGUCAAAUCAGUCACAGAGGCCCCAAACUAGUUUUAAUGAUUAAUUAGUUAAGAACCUUUCAUUUUUCAGUGAGUCCUCAAACCUUUGUAAACAGCCAGGAAUCUAAGAAGGGACGAGAUCUGUGGUAAACCUGGCCAUGGAACAUUGCUUGUUAUUCACAACCUCACUACAAUGGGUAGAUGCUCUUUCGUGCUCUUCAUUGGAGAGCCAGUUUAAUGUAGUGGUUAAAUGUGUGGACUCUUUUCUGGGGGAACUGGGUUUGAUUCCCCACUCCUCCACUUACAGCUGCUGGAAUGGCCUUGGAUCAGCCACAGCUCUCGUAGGAGUUGUCCUUGAAAGGCAGCUUCUGGGAGAGCCCUCUUAGCCCCACCCAUCUCACAGGGUGUCUGUUGUGGGGGGAGAAGAUAUAGGAGAUUGUAAGCUGCUGUGAGACACUGAUUCAGAGAGAAGGGCAGGAUAUAAAACUGCUGUCUUCUUCUUCUUCUGAUAACCCCGUGAGACAAUAAUGACUCCAAAUAGGCACAGGGCUUUAAUUUCUCCGAAAUGUACUUGCAGAUGAGAAAACCCCCCCGCAAAGAGCUGCAGAUUUCACUCUUGCACUUCAAGCCUUCUACAGCCCAGCAAUGUAUCCCUUGUUCCCCAGUGCAAUUCACUAUAUACUUUUCUCCUAGUCUUCAGCCAUCUUUGGACCGUUCUCCGUAGGCAGAGAAGAUUCCCAUUUCUAAGCCAUCUUAGUUCAGAUCUUCUAUCUCGGAAGUGGAGCAACUGCUGUUACCUGCCACGACUGUCCCGUUUGCGUUGAGUGUCCUAAAGGAGCCUAUUUCCAUGUGGCUACCAGUCUUUCUUCAGUGACGCUGCGAAGUUAAAUAGGAACAGCUCUGGAUUCUUCGUAACCCAGUUUUGCUUUGUUCUAUUUUAAAAUUGUAAUCCCUUUGUUGCAAAUUGGUCUUAGUAGCUUGUGAGUUGCUUCAGUAGAAAGAUGAUUUAUAUAACAUUAUAAGAAAUAGAAUAGAAAAGAAGAAAAGGGAAGGCAUAAGUUUUGAGAGAGCAAUAUAUGUAUGCAGGUUUUAUACAUAGUAAGUAAGGUUUUGCGGUGGACAGCAAAGGAAGGAGGAAUUUUCAAAAGUGACAGUUUCUUCCCCCCCCCCCCCCCCAAGUAUAAAGUAUGUUUAUUGGUAUUUCAGACAGCAGUACACAUGAUAUAAAAGGAAAAGGACUAAAGCAUCUAAUGUACAAACACAAUAAAAUUUUAAAAUAAAUUACAGAUAUGGCUAA